AUGCCCAUCUCCUCUGAUGCGGAUGUGGUGGCGGCAGUGCCGGUGCUGAAGCCACUUCUUGCACUCGCCGGCUCAUCUGUCUCGUGGAAGCAUCUUUCUAGUCAUGACGGGUACAGUGUCUCAGAGCUCCCUCCGAUCCCCGCCCUGGGACUGCCUAUGAAAUGCUACCGCACGCAGUUUGUGGUGAACGGGGACCUCGACUUGUUUCAGCGCGUGCUCAGUGAUGAAGCUUCGAUUCGCGAAUUUGACUCCGCUCUGAAGGAGAUGCGCAUCUUGGAGCGGCGCGCGUCCAAGACGCUGCUGUACACGUCGUACGUGUCGCCGUUUCCGUGGCUCGUCACCCCGCGCGACUUUUGCGUGUGGUCCGCCGGAAUCUUCACAACACUGGAGCAGCUGAAGCGCGUGUGCUCAGAGGCAAAGGAAGGCAGUCCUCAGUCAUUCAACAGCGCUCUGGCAGUGAGGAAACUUUUUUGCACAUGCCAACAAUCGGGAGAGGCUCCGGAUCCUGGUCAGAGGGUGUACCUGCAGAACAGCGUGACAGCACUGGUGUCGGACUCGGCGGCAGUUCCGACACCACAAAGCGGAACGCUCUUUGUGCGCGGAGUCGUCUACUGCUUCGGCUACGUGGCGUUUGCGGACCCCUCCAUUCAGGGCACGUUGCGCGUCACCCACUACUGCUGCGUUGACCCGGCUGGCCAGAUUCCCACGUGGCUGGUGGCCGCCGCGGUGGACGAGAAUACAAAGAAACUGAGGAAGAUGGCAGAGCUCGUCGAGGCGGCCGCCGCGGCUGCAGCGCCGGCUGCUGAGCCUACCUCGGCUUGCCUCAAUGCGCCGUCAGCUGAUCCGCUGCCGGCGAAAGAACCGCAAGAGCCAGCGUUUACAUCGACGGGUAGUGCUGAGGAACCAUCCGAGGAGGCCAAGGGCGAAGACGUCUCAACUCCACUCUUCACGAAAGAUCCCUGUGAUGAAGCUCCAUCGCUGGCGGUCCCCACCGUGGAGGGCUUUUCCGACAGCGGUGCGUACCCGUCACCCGAUGCGGAAGGUGAAGCGGUGCUUUCUAUGGCACCUGAAUCAACGGACGUCUCCCCUUCACCGCGGCCGAUGCCGAAGGAACAACGCAGCUUUCCACCGCCGCCAGCGACGUGUAGAAACACUGCCACGCAUGACCCCUCUCUCACUUCCACGCCACCGCAGCCACCCGGCACGGCAGCAAGUGUGGAUCCGAGGGUGGAGAUUCUCAGCCUGCUUGCGCGCUCCAAUGGCUGGUGCAAGCGGCGCGAGGUUGAAGAGAUACAGUAUGCGGAACUGCGCAUCUUGCCGGAGCCGCUGCGCUCGAAGGACCCGCUGUGCAUCGCGAUGCGCGUCAGCGCACUGGUCCGCUGCACUCUCGACACGUUCGUAGCAGUACUGCGCAAUCCGGCACUUUUUCCGGAGAUCGACCCAGAGCUCGUGCGAGUGGUUGCCGCCUCAACGUCGUCUGGUGCGUCUAGCCGGACAGCGAGUUGCGAGCCGAGCACAGCUGGCCAUGGUUCCGCGCCCACUGCGGGCGAGCUGCGCCACUAUCAGUUCGAUGCCACUGAUCCCUUUCGAUCUCCAUGGGAGAUGAUCCUGCUCUGCAGCGACUUCGAGUUGACGCAAAUUGACGGGGGACGGUACGGCUUUCACACGCCUGGCGUCCCCGCGGCGACGCACGUGUGGGUGAGUGCAGACAGCACGACUUCCUGCUAUCGUGGCGUACACCCAGACGGGUACCAUCAGCACAUGCAGGUGCGCGUGUUUGGCGUCACUGCCGUUGCCGUCCCCCGCAGCGCUGAAAGCAUCCGCGUGUCGCAGUAUAUGCUCUUCGAUGCCUGCGCACCGCUUUUACUCAUCCCUCACAGCUCUUGGCACAUCUCCUUUCAGAAGAAGUGCCCAACGGAGGAGUUCGUGUCGGGCGUCUCGAGGUGGAUGGAGGGCCGCAUGAACCGUCUUCGGCGCCUAAGCGAGGAACGGCAUCGUCGACGCAACAGCAGCGCCAUGGUGGCGCUCGACAAGGUGCCGCUGUUACGCUUUCUGUAUACAGUACACUGUGCUGAAAGCGGUCGCGCGCUCAAGAGCCCUGAGGCGGCGUGGUACGGCGACGUCCUCGCUCGGGCUAUCCGAUGGACUGGCAAAGGCGGUUGCUCAUCACUCAGGACGGAAGCGGGUAGUGGUGACCCGCCUUUGGUGGUCCUCUCAACAGUGUUUCCGUGUUCUCUGGCGCAGCUACGCAAGUACAUGCUAUUCAGCUCGCCUCGCCAUCGCUACGCUCUCGAGAGGGGGAUUGACACGUACGAAGAGUUGGCCGCUCCACCCGAGUUUACCACGGUGCGCGUUGUGUACGGCGCCGCGAGCGCUUCCUUCCCUCGGGUGCGGCUGACGGUUCUCGAGGCGUUUGGCGAGCUCCACGGAGUAAAUGUUCCGUGCCCGACGUUGGUGCUGAGCCGCGCAGGGAUCGACGGAGAUGUGGGCGACGAAUCUGACGAGCUGGACUUCGGCGAGAGCUUUGGCCACCUUCGCGUUAGCGCCGACAAGCGGUUCGAGGACGGCCGCGUCUUCUGCUCCGGGUGGGUGGCCACGACGCUCGAAGGCAGUGGCAGCCAAUCGUGCGCGAAUGACCCUUGGGCGGCAGUGAGGAGCCCUCACAGCGGCCUCGCGCCCGUCUCUCCAGAGCUGUGCACCGAGCGGUCGAUUUCGGGUGGCAAGGCUGAGGAGGCUGCCCUGCAUCAGCCGGAAUGCAUUGUCGUGACACAGUACCUGAGCAUCGGUCUUCCAUCAGCGCACCAACGCGAUCUUGACGCGGAUGGGCUACCUUGUGGGUGCGUAGCAGAGCAAGCGGCACUGCUGCAGCGCUUUCGCGAUUCCGUGUGCACAUGGGGCUCCCCCGUCGCAGCCACGACAUCGGAGUAA